AUGGUUUCUUAUAUUAAUGAGCUGUCUAAUGCGGCUCCUAUACUCAUUGGACUAUUCACAAUCCCAACUGCAUGGCGAUUCGUUAGGAACUUCAAAUCACCAAGAGUGACCAAUCAUGAAGUUCUCUAUGAAGACAAAGAUGGGGUGGCUACGAAAGAAUCCAUGGCAAAGUAUUCCACUAAACGUCAAUUCGUGAUCAUCUUCACUUCUCUCAUUGUGGGACUUUUGGCUUCGUUUGGAUUGGCUGCUUUUACUACAGUCGUGAAGAAUGAAUUUUCGCAUUGGGCUUUGACGCAUAUUUGGCUAUUGUUCGUAUCUUGGAUUUUGGCAUUCGUUCAGGUAUUGGAAACAUCAAGAGAAGCUCAUCCUGUAUUAAAAUUCCAGAAAGGAAUAUUUAAUUCUGUAUCAUGUGCUUUGCUAGCUGUUCUCACAUGUCUCGUGCUAUCGGCCCAUCCUCCAACUCCUGGCCGUGUCCGCCUCGCAUGGUUCAUUCUCACAGCCCUACAAGUCAUUGCUGCUGUACUCAGUACUGUGACAUUCUUUUUCAUCGAGCGCCGUCCUGAUGUUUUUACCCCUGAUGGAAAGGUCGUGGAAAGACAAUUCAAGAAAUCGUUAUGGAAUAGAUAUGCUUUCGAUUGGAGUUCCGAGCUCCUUGAUAUCGCAUCGGAAAAAUUGAUUGAAAUAUCAGAUCUCCCUGCUAUGGAUGGACAUGUUCGUUCGAAAGAUGUCAGAGAAUACUUCAAAUCCAUAAUAUUGAAGCCAACAGUUCCAUUGUGGCUCCAAAUUUUCUGGGCAUAUCGUAAACCCAUACUUACUCAAUGGGGGCUGGUCAUGAUCUCAUCUGUUAUUGAUGCCGCGCCACAGUUUGCUGUUUUGAAAUUACUGCAAUAUCUCGAAGCUCGUCAAGGGUUUGAUGUAAUUGAUCCUCAAGCAUGGAUCUGGGUGUUUGGUCUUUUCGCCGCUACAAUUGCUGAAACAUUAAUGGACAACCGAAUCAAUUGGUUGAUGUGGUCCGAUCUUGCAAUUCCCAUUAGAUCCACGCUCACAUCCCUUAUCUUUGAGAAGAUGAUGAAGAUGAAAGACUGCAAGGAACCUCCAAAGCCGGAGGAGAACGAUGAAGCAAAGGAUAAAGGGAAAGCUUCACCCAAAAUUGAUGACGCCUCAAAAGCCAACGGAAAUGCUAAAUCUAACGACACUCCAAAGCCGGAUGCAUCAAAUGGCCACGGGCCUCAUGCGCCAGCAGCGAAGAAAGGAAAAGACGCGGGCACGAAGAAAAAGCUCGAAACCGAUAAAGAUAUCGUCAAUAUGUUUGCAGUGGACGCAAAUCAAGUUGGUAACUUUGGCGCUGUCAAUCAAUUCUACAUCUUGUUCUUCUGCAAAUUCGUUGUUUCGGUUGUUUUCCUGUGGCUCUUGGUUGGUUGGGAGUCGAUGGCUGCUGGUAUGCUAGCAAUCAUAGGUAUGGCACCAAUUAAUCAAGCUCUUGCAAAGAGAUAUGGAGGCUUUCAAAGAGAAUUGAUGAAGGCUCGAGAUAAGAAGACUACUAUAGUCACUGAGGCACUCAAUGGUAUUCGACAGAUUAAAUUUUCAGCCAAUGAAACUCAAUGGGGCGAGAAGAUAUUCGAAGCACGUGAAGAAGAAAUUGUUAAACUCUGGAAAACCAAGAUCAAUAAUUUAUAUAUGAUGGUUGGGUCAAAUGUAGCUCCCGUACUUCUAACAGUCUUGGCUCUUGCUACAUACUCUUAUAUCCACGGAGAUUUACUCCCAUCAGUUGCCUUUACAGCAUUGGGUGUAUUCAUGCAACUUGAAGGUGUCCUAGGAAUGGUCCCCUUUCUCUUCAUGAUGGGAGCAAACGCCAAAGUCAGUUGCGACCGAAUCGAAUCCUUUCUCCAAUCUCCAGAGAAGCCAGAGAACACCUACCCAGGAGAUUCCAUUACUUUCGAGAAUGUCUCAGUUAGCUUUCCAUCGAAAUCCAAGAUUUCAGAAGAAGAAGACCGAUUUGUACUUAGAGACCUCAAUCUUCAGUUCCCCAAUAAUGCUUUGAGUGUUAUUUCGGGACCAACAGGUUCUGGAAAAUCUCUUCUUCUCUCCGCUAUAUUGGGCGAGGUUGAGGUUCUGUCUGGUAAUAUUACUGUACCCCGACCACCUCAGGCAUCUGAGCGACACGAUAGCAAAGCCACAGCCGCAGAUUGGGUAUUACCUUCCGCUAUAGCAUUUGUUUCUCAAACUCCAUGGAUAGAGAAUGCUAGCAUCAAAGACAAUAUUCUUUUCGGCCUGCCUUUCGACCCUAUACGAUAUCAGAAAGUACUCGAUGCAUGCGCUCUCACGAAAGAUCUCCACAUGUUUGAUGAUGGUGACUUGACUGAAGUUGGUGCUCAAGGUAUAAGCUUGAGUGGUGGUCAAAAGUGGCGUUUGACUCUAGCAAGAGCUUUCUACUCUCGUGCCGGAAUAUUGAUACUCGAUGAUGUUUUCUCGGCACUCGACGCACAUGUUGGGAAAGAAAUCUACGACAAUGCUCUCAUGGGCGAGUUAUCGAUUGGUAGGACAAGAAUUUUAGUAACACAUCACGUCUCACUUUGUCUUCCACGGGCAAGUUAUGCCGUUCAAUUAUCGAAGAAUGGAGGCCUCGAGCAUGCAGGUUCAAUUGAUGAGCUCAGAAAGACGGGUAACUUCGAUGACAUUAUCAAAGCGGAACAAGAUGUGCAGGCGACCGUUGAGGAGGUGGACUCCUCCGAGGCAAAUGGCGACAAGCCAUCCGAUAAACCAGCCACCAAACCUAAGAAGCUAAUUGAAGAUGAGAAACGGGAAACAGGAAGCGUGAAGGCAAGCGUGUAUACAAAGUAUCUCAUGGCCACUGGAGGUAUACCAUUCUGGGGAUUGGUUCUCAUUUUCUAUUUGGUCGCCGAAGCUUUAGUGAUUGGAAGAUCUUGGUGGAUCAAGAUAUGGACAUCUUCCUACGACCAUUCGGAGAUGAACUUGUCCAGUUUCAAUUCUACUCAUCUGCCUUAUAUCACCAGCAUGCAACAACAGCUUUCACCAUCAGUGUUUGUCUCAAAAAUCAACAAUCCGUUCUCAAAAGACCACACACUGGGCUACUAUCUGAUGGGCUAUGUCCUCAUCUCGACUGUUUCCGUUUUCGUUGCCACUGCUAGAUAUUACUUCAUUUAUCGGGGAUCUCUAUCUGCCUCAAGAAACGUUUUUAAAGAGAUGACAAAUAUCGUUCUUCGUACUCCCUUAAGAUGGUUGGAUACUGUUCCUACAGGACGAAUUUUGAAUCGUUUCACUGCGGAUUUCUCUGCCAUGGAUUCGCAACUCUCUACAAAUUUCGCUCAAACCGCCUCUGCAUUCUUGGAGAUUGUGGGAAUUAUGGUAUCUGCGUUUUUUGUCUCGCCAUACAUAAUCAUCAUCGCAUUGGUUCUAUUGGGUAUUUGCACUUAUAUUGCACUCCUUUAUAUCAAAGGUGCACGCUCUCUCAAACGUCUCGAAUCAAUCCAAAAGUCACCUAUGAUUUCACACUUUGGGUCAGCCCUUGCGGGUCUCAGCACCAUCCGUGCAUUUUCAAACGCACCCGUCUUCGAAGCCAGGAUGCAUGAGUUGGUAGAUUCGUUUUCUGCCGCUACUUGGCAUAAUUGGCUCUUCAAUCGAUGGUUCGGACUACGUAUGGCAUUGGUGGGAUCAUUUUUCUCAUCGUCCGUGGCCGCAUUUAUUGUCUCCACUCAUGGUGUUGAUGCUUCAUUAGCUGGAUUUGCUCUUUCAUUUGCAUUGAGUUAUAGACGAGCUGUUAUUCAUACCAUUAGAUUGCUUGCUUCAGCAGAGUUGGAUAUGAACGCUGCUGAGCGUAUAUUCGAAUACACACAAUUAGAUAUGGAACCUCAGGGCGGAACAGAUAACAUUCGCGCUUCGUGGCCAGAAGAAGGUAAAUUAGAAGUAACGGAUUUAGAGGUUGGGUAUGCCGAAGGAUUACCUGCAAUUUUGAAAGGAUUGUCUUUCUCUGUGGAUAAAAACCAACGAGUUGGAAUUGUUGGAAGGACAGGUGCUGGUAAAUCAACACUAUCCCUAGCUCUCUUCCGUUUCCUGGAGGCUAGAGCUGGUACCAUUAUGAUCGACGGAAUCGACAUCUCCACCCUCAAACUACACGAUCUUAGAACUAGACUCUCAAUUAUUCCCCAAGAUCCUGUUCUCUUCUCCGGUACUAUCCGCUCCAACCUCGAUCCCUUCGAUGAAUUCUCCGACCAACAGCUAAAGGAAGCACUCCAACGUGUCCACCUCAUCCCCUCCGCUAACAGCAGCCCCGCCCCCGAACUCGAAACCCCUGCCGAAUCUUCCACCGCCGCAUCAAGCAGUUCUAUAACCGCCACCAUCACUGAACCCCUCAACAAAGAAAAUACAAAUGUGUUUCUCAACCUCACAUCUCCCAUCUCCUCCGCAGGUGCCAACUUGUCUCAAGGCCAGAAGCAACUUCUUUGCCUAGCUCGCGCUAUUCUCUCUAGACCAAAGGUCCUCCUUUUAGAUGAAGCAACUUCUGCCGUUGACAUGUCGACUGAUACGCUUAUCCAACGUAGUAUCCGUGAAGAAUUUGCAAAUACGACACUAUUGGUUGUAGCACAUAGAUUGAGCACGGUGGCUGAUUUCGAUCGUAUAUUAGUUAUGCGAGAUAGAGCUGCAGCGGAGUAUGGUAGUCCAAGGGAGCUGCUAGAGAUUGAAGACGGAGUUUUCAAAGGAAUGGUAGAGCAGAGUGGGGAGAGCAAGGAGUUGGAGAGAUCGAUUAGAGGGGGGAUGUAA